UUUGGCUAAACCCCAACCCCACAAAACUCACUCAUACUCACCACCACCACGCACCUACCUACUCCCUCCCUCCUUCAACUUCUGGUCGCACCAUCCAAACAAACAAUGGCUCUUUCUUCCACCACCACCGCCACCACCACCACCUCCGCCACCCACCGUCUUCCAUCACUCUCUCCGACCACCACCACCACCGUCCGACCUUCUUCCCUCUCAUUCCACCACAACCACCACCUGUCAUCUUCUUCUCUGAAACUAUCUCACCAGGUUAAGAAGAAAAAGUUUAACGUACACGUGUCAGGCGGUGAUUCGAGCACAACGAAAUGCUUUGCAUCUAAUCCUGAUCAGCUUAAAAGUGCUAAACAAGAUAUCAAAGAGCUUCUUAGUACUACCUUUUGUCAUCCUAUUUUGGUUCGCCUAGGAUGGCAUGAUUCUGGCACGUACAAUAAAAAUAUUGAAGAGUGGCCUCAAAGAGGUGGAGCUAAUGGAAGUUUAAGGUUUGAAGUUGAACAGAAACAUGCAGCCAAUGCUGGGCUUGUAAAUGCACUCAAACUUCUGCAGCCUAUUAAAGACAAGUAUGCAGCUGUGACUUAUGCGGACUUGUUCCAGUUGGCUAGUGCUACUGCCGUGGAGGAGGCUGGAGGUCCUAAGAUCCCUAUGAAGUAUGGACGAGUUGAUGUCUCCGGACCUGAGCAAUGCCCAGAAGAAGGGAGACUCCCAGAUGCUGGCCCUCCUUCACCGGCCUCUCACUUGCGUGAUGUCUUCUACAGGAUGGGAUUGAGUGAUAAGGACAUAGUUGCAUUAUCUGGUGCCCACACUUUGGGGAGGUCCAGACCAGAACGCAGCGGUUGGGGCAAGCCAGAGACCAAAUAUACGAAAGAAGGGCCUGGAGCUCCAGGGGGACAAUCCUGGACAGUGAAGUGGCUACGCUUUGAUAAUUCCUACUUCAAGGACAUCAAAGAAAAAAGAGAUGAGGAUCUACUGGUUUUGCCAACAGAUGCUGCUCUUUUUGAGGAUCCAUCAUUUAAGGUAUUUGCUGAGAAGUAUGCUGAAGAUGAAAAAGCAUUUUUUGAUGACUAUGCAGAAGCACAUGCCAAACUCAGCAACCUUGGGGCCAAGUUUGAUCCCCCUGAGGGCUUCUCGAUUAAUGAUGAACCUGCAGCUGGAGCAGUCCCUGAGAAGUUUGUGGCAGCCAAGUACUCAUCGGGAAAGAGAGAGCUUUCAGAUUCCAUGAAGCAGAAAAUCCGUUCAGAGUAUGAAGCUGUUGGUGGAAGCCCGGAUAAGCCUCUCCAAUCAAACUAUUUUCUUAACAUUAUUAUUGUGAUUGGUGUUUUGGCACUUUUGACAUCUCUAGUUGGCAACUAAAUCAGUUUUUGGCAUAUCAUCAAUAGAGUUUGCAAUCUUUCUGGUGUUGUAACCCGUUUAAAAGUUGGUGUUUAGACGAGGGAUUUCAACUGCCAGAGCCUGUAUUGCAUUAAGAGCUUCUUUUGUACAAAUAUGUUGCAUAUCAAAAAUCGGCUUUAUACACUACUGUUGCUACAAGAAUGUUUGUGUUGUACCACAAGUAGCAUACAUAAUGUAAAUUACGGGUUGGAUUUUUACUUUAUAGAUCUGAUUCAUAGUCA